AUGCAACGACAACUUUUAUUCACAGUUAGUCAAGGCAUAAAACCUUUUGAUGGUAUCAUUGAUAACUUCAUCAACUCUCAAUUGAAUAUCAGCAAAUUAAAAGUUCAUAAACAGUGUAGAGGUCAACAACUAAAUUGUCUUUUCAACCUUAGGCCCGCUUCAAUUUGUCACGCGAUUCAAUGUAUCUACAGUCACUUAAUAAGCACAUUUUAA